GCCGCCAGUGCCGCUCCCGACGUCGCCUCACGCGUGUAUCCGUCACGAUACUCUAUGCUAAAUAAAUCCACCAUGUAGUCUAUGGACUUCUUGUGCAACUUGGCUCGAAAGUUUACAGCCAGUGCCAAUAAAAAAAUCUCGGUCGGGCUCCAUUUAUGAAAUAAAAAAACUAGUUAAUUAAAAGACAAAAGUGCAGUGGUUUUACCAGUGAAAAGUUUACUCGAAAGUAUUGAAGUGCAAUUGUUUUAAGAAUUUGUUCUUUUUCAGCAUUUUUGUAAGAUCAUGUCCUUAUUUAAUAACUGGAGGUACUCUGUUCCUGUCAAACAUGAAACUUUUCAAUUUAAACGAAUUUAUUUAAAUAUUUUUGGUAUCACAUUUAUGCAGAUGUUUAAACAGUCUGAGAUAAGAUAAACGAGCAUAAUGCAAGGAUUACGUUGCCUUGAAACUGCUUUGCAAAUUACUAAUGAUAAAGUAAACAAGAGAAUUAAUUAUAAGUAUGAAAAUACAGGCUACGUCGUCUAAAUGCCUCUAGAACUAUUACCAUUACAAGAACAUAUUGAGUUCUAGAAUAUUCAAAGAAACGUUUCAAUCGACCGCACUAUUUGUAAUCACGACCAUAGAAAACAAAAAAGCGAGCGCAAUGAAAAGAGUCGUCGGCGACGGCUCGGCGUCUCAGUGACCGCUGAUUCCCGUCAUAUGACGGUCUUUUAUUUAGAUGAGGCACACCCCCGAGGUUAUUCACCCCCGCGCCGUAGCACGCGCUUCAUGAGGAAGGUCAGGGUUAUUGCGGUGACGUGACGCUGCAAACUCUCCUGUUUAACUGCCGUUAAUGUGGAUCCUGCGUAAACACAUCGUUUAUUCAACCUGUUCAAUAAGGUGCAUCGUAAAACGUUGAGGGUUGCGAUGGACAAAACAGUUAAACAAAAAUUACUGUAUGUAGCUCGUUGAAAGUAAUGCGUGGAAUUGAUAAGUUUAAAACAUUAUUGAAAGUGUCGUAGUGCAGCGGAUGUAGGUGGUUGUCGCAGUGCAGGGUUUGGGGCGCAUGCCCCCGGGCGCCGGGCGCCGGCUCCACUGUCGCCACUCCAUGUGUGCUACAAACCACACGCUCCUUUCACUUCAUAGUCCUUUGUUUUCGUACCUCUCAUUUAGAAUUCUUUCUAUUAACACUUUCCCUAGAAAUUCACAAAAUGCUGACUAUAUUAGGUACCAACGAUAAUGUUUCAAGAAAGAAUUUUAAAAUGGAAUAACUUCAAAGAAAUGACAAUAAUGCAAGUUAAAUGAAAUCGAAAAACUGUGACGAAUUGAUGGACUGGGUGAAGUGUAUGCAAGUGGGUGAAGAUGCGCGGUCGUUGCAGCAGAGGGGCGGAUGCUGCGCGUGCGCUGCACCGGCUCGCGUUUGCGCUGUGGCGCGCCGUGUUCUACCUGCAGCGUGCACCGCUGCGGGCAGCGCGGCGCUCGCGCAGUCUCGCCGCAUACACGCGUGCUCCCACUGUGAGUCGAGCAGUGAGUGCACCCGCGACACCAGCCUCCACGACAUUCUCGAGAGAUCAGGGUGGAUCCCGAUCAGCAAGUUACCCAGGAGGACCAGGCAGUCGGCUAGACCUCUGCUAUGUGGCGGAACGUAUGUUGGCGUUGCAUCUGCCUGAAAGAGACGCGCAUGCGGAAGCACAGGCCGCGCAUAUGCUCACCAAUAAACAUGGAGAACAUUUCAUGGUGUUCGAGGUGAGCGGCGGUGAUGGCGCCGGCGGUGUCGGUGCAGCUCGCAAUGUGUUCGGCCGCGCCCGCUCCCUCGGCUGGGCAGGCGACCUCGCACCGCCGCUAGAACGACUCUGUGCAGCUUGUAAACACAUUGAAAGCUGGCUCGCUGCUCACCCCAAGAACGUUGCUAUAUUAUUAGCAUGGGGCAACAGAGAACGUCUCGGCGUGUUAGUGGCGGCUUACAUGCACUACUCGGCGAUAUGUGGUGCGCCGGAGCAUGCGCUCGACAGAUACGCCAUGAGGCGGUACUUGGAUGAUAGAGUGCCAGUCUUCCAACUACCCAGCAAUAAACGCUACAUCGAUACAUUCGCUGGUCUACUAGCGGGCCAGAUCCGAGUGAACGCAGCUCCAUUACACCUCACCCACGUCAGUGUGGCAGGAUCACUCGCCUCGCCUGCCACACCCACCAUCGCCUUCCUCAAGAUAUACGAGAACUUCGUCUGUGUUUACACGUCAGGUCUCUACAUGGUGAACGGCGGAGGUUGGACAGUGGGAGUAGGAAGGCUCGCACUGCGCGGUGACGUGGUGGUGCGCGCGUACAGACGGUCUGCGCACGCGGCGGCGCGCAGCUCGCAGCGCCACCUGGUGUUCGCGUGUCAGUUCCACACGUGCGCAGUCGCAGACCACACGCUGUCCUUCACCAAGCAGCAGCUCGAUCAUGCCGUGCACGACCCCUCGUUCCCGAGCGAUGGAGCAGUAGAGCUGGUGUUCCUGCGCGGGGAGGGCGGGGGCGGGGCGGCGCCGGCGCCGACGCCCGCGGCUCCACUGCGCGCGGCACCGGACGCGCUCGCUCGCGCAGACUCACUCGAACAUCUGCGACCGCUGUCCACACUCACUGAUGAUGAUCCAGGUGAAAACAACGGCAGCGCAGAAGGAUCUGGUUCGGGAGGUGAAGCGGGCGACGGGAACGAGGCAGCGCACACAUUCGGUCCCCUCGACGGGUCCAUCUACGCGACUGUGGUCCGUGCGGGCGGUGGUGGGCCUUCCUCACCGCUCAGCGCAUCCAUGGACUCGGGCAUCUCUUCAGCGGGGAGGCGCGCCGCGCCCAGCCCGCCUGACGAGCUCGAUGCGUUGCUGGGCGACAUGCUGCGCACGGUGAGCGCCCUGCCCGACCCACCGCCGGCGUCGCACACGCCGCAGCCGCAGUCGCACGCCGACCGACCACCCGACAUACCGUACCACGCGCGCGCAGACUCUGCGCCCUUCACAUACGGAGCGCCCGGCCUGCGCCCAGGCAUGUUGCGCGCACCCAACCGCCUCGCCAGCCCCGAGCUGGUGAGACGAGCUCUCGGUGGUGACCGCAACUACCGGCCCAUAGAGGACGACGAUGAUGAACGCACGGUCACCCCCGAGCCACCAUCACCUCGCACCCCGCUGUCUCCACGCACACUCAAGAAACUAACACACGAAGAAGUCACCACCACCACCGCGGCAGCUCCACCACCAGCAUCUCCCAUAAGGAAUGGAAGCAGAUGGUUGAAUGGUGAAGUAGAAUGGGCGGAACGGCCUGCGAGCGCCGCUACAGUACGGAAGACACCGCCCGAAAAUGGAACGUGGCGAUCAGCGAGUACCCUGGGCUGGCACGAGAGUUCUCGAGCUCGAGAGCCACGCCGCUCUGAGAGCAGUGUCGAAGGUAGCUCAGGACUCACGUGGUUACAACGACAGCAACAGAAACUAAGAGAGAGGAAGGAGGCCAGGGAGAGAGUCGCUCGACUACCGCUCGAGUGGGAUACUACUUCUUCCCGACAUGUGCGCCGCUCCGCCAGCCAUCGAGUGGAUGGCUACACAAGCGAUACGACUGCAUUCGCUGAUGAUGACGAGGACUUCAGCGUGCCCCUUCACGUCAACACGCGCACCCCUCUCAGGACUGAUCACACCAGUCCACAAGCUCCAGACAGAACCUCAUCUAGAAAGUUUAUGUACGAAAAGAUGACGAUGCGUGAGUGGAGUACGACAAGCACACCAAAUAGUACUCCCGCGCCUGGAUUACUGUCGUUAGUGGAGCCCUCUAACAAUGAUACUGUUGACCGCGUUGAGAGUUGGUCCCGCGCGGAGUCCCGCACGGAGUCCCGAGCAGGCACUCCGGCGUUCCCCACACACCCGCGCACUCCCUAUCCUCCGACGCCGACGCCCUCACUGUCUGCUCGCCCUCCACGCUCGCCCUCCGUGACCAGGUACAAUAUGUUUGACCUGGAGGACAUGAGAAAAGAACGUGAAAUAAGUCCCGAAUCGGAGUACCGCAUCUACAAUGGCAGCAGUGGGUCUCGUCGCUCCAGCGUCAGUGGGACCGCAGAACCUCAACACGUUGCUCCAGACCGAGUGAGGUUUGCGAGAGACACCAGUCACUAUUGGUACAAGCCUAACAUCUCCAGAGAUGAUGCGGUGUCAGCGUUACUGCAACUGGAAGAGGGAGCCUUCAUAGUGCGUGAUUCCAACUCGUUCCCGGGAGCAUUCGGUUUAGCGGUGCGAGCGGGAGGCGCGGGAGGAGUGAGGCACUUCCUCAUUGAGCCUACAGCUCGAGGUGUACGUCUGCGAGGCUGUCCUGAUGAACCAGUCUUCAGUUCACUCUCCGCACUGGUGUACCAACAUACUGUGACGCCACUAGCUCUGCCUGUGCCACUACGAUUACCUGAUAGGGAUCCGUGGACUGGUGGCAGUGCGAACGCAGCCGCUAGAGCGCUCCUAGCGACCGGCGCAGCGUGCCACGUGUUAUUGCUCGGAUCUGAGAACACUGAAGCUUUGACUGGACCCGCUGCCGUCAAGAGGGCCGUCACCAAUAUCCUUAAUAAGAAGGCUCCAGCACAUGUAGUGCACUUUAAAGUAUUCGGCGGUGGUAUCACACUAACGGACGCAGCUCGCAAGUUGUUCUUCAGAAGACACUACCCUGCCACCGGCGUCUCAUACGCAGGACUCGAUCCUGAUGAGAGGAGAUACACACACACAGACAACAAUACACAGUUGGAAAAACGAAUAUUCGCUUUCGUGGCUCGUGCGUCAUCGAGUGCUGACAACCAAUGCCACGUGUUCGCGGAACUGGAGCCCGAACAACCAGCUACGGCUAUUGUUAACUUUGUUAACAAGGCUCUGUUGGGAAGCUCACAGAAAAAGGACAUCAUCUAAGUGAGGAGACGACAGUUGUUGGAUAUUGGCGUUAAGUAAUACUCACAAACUGUAAAGUGUUUAACACAAAAACUAAGAAUGAAAUGUAAAAACUGUGUCGUCAUGUAACAUAGGAGUUUAAUUUAUCUUUCGCAUUCUAUAAACUGUACAAUCAAUAAUAAACUUGGUUUACUUUAUCUUUGUGUAAGUCAAUACAGGGUGUAAACGGAACACACCCGAACGAACGUCGACAAGACAAGACAAUACAAGAAUUGUUUUCAUUUAAACUGUCAAACACCAAGCGGUCACCGGUGACCGCAACCUAUUGUUCUAUAAUUGUGUCUACAAAACCGGUACUCGACGAGUUAAAUAAGGAAUCAAAUGUUUCUUUUAUUAAAUAAUAGUUAUAUUCCACCUCUCAAUGCUGAUGUUACACAUAAACAAAAACUAUUAAACUUUUUGUGUCACCGUUCUUCGAGAACGUUCCGUUUACUCUCUGUAGAUAUUAUUAAAUAAUUCACUUCAGAAUGUUCGCCACGAUACGCUUCAUUUUCACCAAGUACAACAUUAACCAUACAAUAUGUGUUAGGACUUACUGCAUACAUAAUAUAAAUAUAAAUUAUAACUUAGAUUAGGGAAGGAACUAACUAGUCUCAUAUUAUUUAAUAUAGAGUAGUGAUAUUACGUGUGCCUAAUGAAUAUUAGAUUUAUGAACUAAAUCCAGAGCAUGCUAAGAGAUCCCUUAUGUGUUAUAACAAGGUCAAUUAACGAAGGCAGUAACAGGUACAACGAAAUGAGUAAAAAGCAUAGUGCAAAGCUUGUAUGAACUGUGGAUAGAUGAUCUAUAAAUAAUUGUUUUAUUUGUCAAGUCCAUUGUCACAUGUACAAAUGUAAAUCGAAUGCAGCUUUAAUACAUCAUAAUGAAUAUUAUCAUUCGUGCAUACAAGGCUUUUAUUACUUAUAAGAAAUCAAUCAUUGCGUUAACAUUAAAUUGCUGAGUUAAGAAAUCAAGGGCUAUAAUUUCCACCAUAUUUCCAUUUAACCCGUCGUGUGUCUCAACGUGGAUCGACGCGAAACACAAUGUAUUUUCUAUUCUCAUAUACAGGCAUUCAAGCGGUUAAUAGUAGUAUUGGUUUAUGAGUUUAAAAAUGCCUUAAAAUGAAUAAAAGAAUACCUAAGGUUCGUUAAUGUUCGUCACUGCAACGCAAGUGUGUGUGACGGUAAUAAACAUAACACAUUUUAUUAUAAUUAUAACUGUUGUCAAAUGUAUUUAUUGGGUAAUAAUAUACUCAUGGAAAUAAU